CUUUGUUUGUUCGUCUUUUAUUGCUUGUUCACUAAUUUGGAGAAUUGGAUGAAUCAUUGCAAUAGAAUACAAACCGCACAUUACGAAGGAGACAAAAUCUCCUAAUUAAUUGUUCUACUACAAGUCCUUCUAAGAGGGAGGAGAGACGGGUGCGGCUAAUGGAUCCAACGAUUCGAUCUCGAAUGGCGAACCCAUCCUAUCAAUAAAUCGCGCAUCGACGGUCCGGCCACUGCGGUCGUCUCGCCGCUUCUCUUUCCGUCCCCUCUCUCCCACGCUCCUUUUUCUAACUCGGCCGCAUGGGUCACUCCGCCGUCGCCGCCACCGCGGCUCUCGCCACUCUCGGGCUCACGAAGCCUGCGGACAUCGAGAUCCCUCAGAUUGCAUUCACCGUGAAGGAGAUGGAUUUUUCAGAAUGGAAAGGAGAUUUACUUGCUGUGGCUGUAUCAGAAAAAGAUACGAAGAAGGACUCAGAUUCGAAAUUUCAGAAUGUAUUCUUGAAAAGGCUUGAUGACAAGAUUGGUGGACUUUUGGCAGAAGCUGUUACAGAGGAGGAUUUCACUGGGAAAGCUGGCCAGUCUACAUUUCUCAGGCUACCUGGGCUGGGUUUUAAAAGGCUAGGAUUAGUUGGGCUUGGGUCUUCCUCAUCCACAGCAGCUGCAUACCGAGGCAUUGGGGAAGCUGUUGCAGGAGUUGCAAAGGCUGCCCAAGCAAAUAGUGUGGCUGUUUGUCUUGCAUCCUCGGAUGGGAUAUCAGAAGAAUUGAAAAUAAAUGCUGCUUCAGCGAUUGCAUCUGGAACUAUACUAGGAGUAUAUGAAGACAACAGGUUUAGGUCAGAUUCCAAAAAGCCACUGCUUAAAACAGUGGACGUCAUUGGUUUUGGUUCAGGAACAGUGGUGGACCAGAAACUCAAGUAUGCAACUGAUGUCUGCUCUGGAGUGAUUUUUGGAAAAGAGCUUGUAAAUGCACCAGCAAAUGUGCUUACACCUGGUGCACUGGCAGAAGAAGCUUCAAAAAUAGCUACAUUAUACAGUGAUGUUCUUACUGCAACGAUAUUAGAUGCAGAACAGUGCAAAGAGUUGAAGAUGGGAUCAUAUUUAGGUGUUGCAGCUGCUUCUUCAAACCCCCCACAUUUCAUCCACUUAUGCUAUAAACCUCCUAAUGGUGAUGUGAAGAGAAAAUUGGCAAUUGUUGGGAAGGGUUUAACAUUUGACAGUGGUGGUUACAACAUAAAGACUGGCCCUGGAUGUUCAAUCGAGACCAUGAAAGUUGAUAUGGGAGGUGCUGCAGCUGCUUUUGGUGCAGCAAAAUCCUUAGCCCAAAUUAAACCUCCAGGGGUAGAAGUUCAUUUCAUAUCUGCUGCUUGUGAAAAUAUGAUCAGUGGCACAGGCAUGAGACCAGGUGAUAUAGUCACUGCUUCUAAUGGGAAAACCAUUGAGGUCAAUAACACUGAUGCAGAGGGAAGGCUUACGCUUGCAGAUGCUUUGGUUUAUGCUUGUAACCAAGGCAUUGAUAAGGUGGUUGAUCUGGCAACACUUACUGGCGCUUGUAUAGUUGCCCUUGGGCCCAGCAUUGCAGGGUUUUAUUCCCCUAGUGAUGAUCUAGCCAAGGAGAUUGUCACAGCUUCUGAGGUUACAGGAGAGAAGUUUUGGAGGAUGCCUCUGGAAGAAAGCUACUGGGAGUCGAUGAAAUCAGGUGUUGCUGAUAUGGUGAACACUGGAGGCCGUCAAGGUGGAUCUAUUACAGCUGCUCUCUUCCUGAAACAGUUUGUCAAUGAGAAGGUCCAAUGGCUUCAUAUCGACAUGGCUGGACCUGUGUGGAACGACAAGAAACGUGCUGCGACUGGAUUUGGUGUCUCUACUUUGGUCGAAUGGGUUAUGAAGAACUCCUAAGAGAAUUCGAGUAAUGACACAAUGAAGUCGCCAGGGGCAUAUGAUAUUGGCACACUGUUAAAUCUGGUUGGCUGGAUAAGAAAUGGAAGGAAAGGGAGUGAUAGAACUUUCGUGCUUUUCUGAGUUGUGCUAUAGCUAAUAAUGAGUGUACUCAGUGCUGUCUUAUGCCUCACUUAUCUUUUCAUGAUAUCAAGAACCAAUGAAUAAAAUGGCUUGUUUACAAGUC